GGUGGCUGAGCUUGUUUGGGUUGUCUGCGCUCCCGAGCACCGGUCUGGGCCGCGAGGGGGAAAGACCGAAGCGUCCUGAGGUGUUGCUACGGGAGGGACCUGGUCCUGCUCGGGGACUUCUGGAGAGCCGCGGCUGGGAAAACCGCCAGACUUGCCCGGGAAGACAUGAAUGGAGGGUAUAGAGGCAGAGGAUUUGGACGAGGACGAUUUCAAAGCUGGAAAAAAGGAAGAGGUGGUGGGAAUGUCUCAGGAAAAUGGAAAGAAAGAGAACACAGACCUGAUCUGAAUAAAACUGUGGGAAAACAUUCUCCUGGGCAAACUCCACAGCCUUUAUGGCAGUCAACAUUGGAUCAGUUCAUACCAUAUAAAGGCUGGAAGCUUUAUUUCUCUGAAGUUUACAGUGAUAGCUCUCCUUUUAUUGAGAAGAUUCAAGUGUUUGAAAAUUUUUUCAUGAGACGUAUUGAUUUAUAUGAUAAGGAUGAAAUAGAAAGAAAGGGAAGUAUUUUGGUGGAUUUUAAAGAUUUGACAAAAGAAGAUGAAGUAUUAAAUAUAGCAAAUGAACUAAAGGAUGCACCUGAGAAAACUUUGGCUUGCAUGGGUCUGGCAAUACAUCAGAUAUUGACUAAGGACCUGGAAAGACAUGCAGCAGAAUUACAAGCCCAAGAAGGAUUGCCUAGUGAUGGAGAAACAAUGGUAAAUGUGCCACACAUUUAUGCAAGGGUAUACAACUAUGAGCCCUUGACACACCUCAAGAAUAUCCGUGCAAAUUACUAUGGAAAAUACAUUGCACUGAGAGGAACAGUGGUUCGAGUCAGUAAUAUAAAGCCUCUUUGCACAAAGAUGGCUUUUCUUUGCUCUGCAUGUGGAGAGGUUCAGAGUGUUUCUCUUCCAGAUGGAAAAUAUAAUCUUCCCACAAAGUGUCCUGUGCCUGAAUGUCAUGGGAAGUCAUUUGUUCCUCUACACAGCUCACCUCUCACAGUUACAAUGGACUGGCAGUCAAUUAAAGUCCAAGAGCUUAUGUCUGAUGCUCAGCGAGAAGCAGGACGGAUUCCACGAACAAUAGAAUGUGAGCUUGUUCAUGACCUUGUGGAUAGUUGUGUCCCAGGAGACACCGUGACUGUUACUGGAAUUGUCAAAGUCUCAAAUGCUGAAGAAGGUUCUCGAAAUAAGAAUGACAAGUGCAUGUUCCUUUUGUACAUCGAAGCAAAUUCUGUUAGUAAUAGCAAAGGGCAGAAAACCAAGACUUCUGAGGAUGGUUGUAAUCAUGGAACAUUGAUGGAAUUCUCACUUAAAGACCUUUACGCCAUUCAAGAGAUUCAAGCUGAAGAAAACCUGUUUAAACUCAUUGUCAACUCCCUUUGCCCUGUCAUUUUUGGUCAUGAACUUGUUAAAGCAGGUUUGGCAUUAGCACUCUUUGGAGGUAGCCAGAAAUAUGCAGAUGACAAAAACAGAAUUCCAAUUCGAGGAGACCCACAUGUUCUGGUUGUUGGAGAUCCAGGCUUGGGAAAGAGUCAGAUGCUACAGGCAGCAUGCAACAUUGCUCCUCGUGGUGUGUAUGUCUGUGGUAAUACCACAACCACCUCUGGUUUGACUGUAACUCUUUCAAAAGACAGCUCCUCUGGUGAUUUUGCUUUGGAAGCUGGUGCUCUGGUGCUUGGUGAUCAAGGCAUUUGUGGAAUAGAUGAAUUUGAUAAGAUGGGGAACCAGCAUCAAGCCUUGUUAGAAGCCAUGGAACAGCAAAGUAUUAGUCUUGCUAAGGCAGGUGUGGUUUGCAGUCUCCCUGCAAGAACUUCCAUUAUUGCAGCUGCAAAUCCAGUUGGGGGACACUACAAUAAAGCCAAAACCGUUUCUGAGAAUUUAAAAAUGGGAAGUGCUCUACUAUCCAGAUUCGACUUGGUCUUUAUUCUGUUAGAUACUCCAAAUGAGCAACAUGAUCACUUACUCUCUGAACAUGUGAUUGCAAUAAGAGCUGGCAAGCUAAGAACUGUGAGCAGUGCCACCGUAGCUCGUAUGAAUACUCAAGAUUCAAAUACUUCUGUGCUUGAAGUGGUUUCUGAAAAACCACUGUCAGAAAGACUAAAGGUAGUUCCUGGAGAAAUAAUAGAUCCAAUUCCCCAUCAGCUAUUGAGAAAGUACAUUGGCUACGCUAGACAGUAUGUCUACCCUAGGCUAUCCACAGACGCUGCUCAAGUUCUUCAAGAUUUCUACCUGGAACUCCGGAAACAGAGCCAGCGAUUAAGUAGCUCACCAAUCACCACCAGGCAACUAGAAUCUUUGAUUCGCCUGACUGAGGCACGAGCAAGGUUAGAAUUGAGAGAAGAAGCAACCAAAGAAGAUGCUGAGGAUAUAGUUGAAAUUAUGAAAUAUAGAAUGAUGUUUACACUAUUCUGUGCUCUUUUCAAAUUUCUCAUAUAUCCAGAGAUAGUUCCUCAUGAGGACGCAGAAAUCCACCCACCUCCACUUAAAGCUUUACAUAGUGUUCUGUUGUCUUUAAACACCAUAGUUGCUGAUUUUGAAAAUUUUAUUGGAUCAUUAAAUGACCAGGGUUACCUCUUGAAAAAGGGCGCAAAGGUUUACCAGCUUCAAACUAUGUGAAAGGACUUUCCAAGUCAGGCCCCAUAGAGUUUAUUAAUAAUGAAGAUAUGCAAAAACAAAACAAAAAUCCCCAAAGUUCUCCAGAAAAUGAUGUCCCAAAAGUAUUGUAAUAGGAAGGAACUGUUAAGAUAUGCUCUACUAAGUUAAGAAGGGAUAAAGUUAUAUGCUAAUGUUAUAUAUCUCCUCCAAAAGGCUGAAAAGAGCUUUCCUUAUUUUACUUUAUUUAUAGUUAUAUUUUAUAGUUUCACACAUGAAAUGUCUUAUCUGGGUAAGCAUUCUAGUAAUACGUAAACAAAUGAGUGUAUGUUCCAAUAAGACUUCAUU